AUGGAGGACCUAUUCUCACUCCCCAUCUUCUUCAUCACUUUCCGCGAGUCCCUCGAGACCGCCAUCAUCGUCUCCGUCCUCCUCGCCUUCAUCAAGCGCACCCUCGCCACCAAAGAUGACCCCGUCCUCCACCAAAAGAUGGUGAAGCAGGUCUGGCUCGGCACCGCCGCCGGCCUCGCCACCUGCGUCAUCAUCGCCAUGGCCAUCAUCAGCGGCAUCCACAGCCUCGGCGCCGAGCAGUUCGCCGCCGCGGAGAGCAUCUGGGAAGGCAUCUUCUCCCUCAGCGCCUCCCUCAUCAUCACCGCCAUGGGCGCCGUCCUCCUGCGCGUCACCAAGCUCCAGGACAAGUGGCGCCUGAAGCUGAGCAAGGCCCUCAACGCCAGCGAAUCCCACUCGGGCCCCUUUCGCGAUCGUGUAAAGUACCUCGGCGAGAAGUACGCCCUGUUCCUGCUGCCCUUCAUCACCGUCCUGCGCGAGGGCUUCGAGGGCGUGCUCUUUAUUGCCGGCGUCGGUGUCAGCGAGACCGCCGCGUCCAUUGCCAUCUCGUCCCUUCUCGGCCUCGCCCUUGGCGCCUUUGUCGGCUACUUUAUCUACAAGGGUUCCAAGACGGCACCAAUCCAAAUCUUCCUCAUCGUCUCGACUUGCUUCCUGUAUCUCAUUGCCGCCGGCCUCUUCUCCAAGGGCGUCUGGCAUUUUGAGCAGAACGAGUGGAACAAGAUUGUCGGAGGUGACGCGGCAGAACUCGGCUCCGGCCCCGGCUCCUACGACAUCCGCAGAAGUGUCUGGCACGUCAACUGCUGCAACCCCGACCUCAACGGCGGUGGCUUCUGGGGCAUUUUCAACGCCGUCCUCGGGUGGCAGAACUCGGCCACCGUCGGCUCCGUCGUCUCCUACAAUCUCUACUGGGUCGCCGUCGCCGCGGGCUUCUUUGUCAUGAUCUGCAACGAAAAGGGGUACUGGUCCUUCGCCAAGAAGUCCAAGCACCUCGAGCACGAGGGCGACGACCAGGAGCCUCUCCUGAGCAGGCCCGCUAGGGGGCCGGGAACGGGGCUCGAAACAUCGGCGCGGCUGACGGUCGCGCUCCACGGCGGUCAGCUGCGCUACUUUAGGAACUUCGGGAACGGUGCCGACGAGGCCGUAUGGCGUGGGGCCCUGGCCGGAGCCGUAGGCUAUGUUGUCGAGGCGGAGAGGAUUUUUCCGCCGGCGCUGUAG